GACUCAGGGAACUCAGAUGGAAAACCGCAAAAGGCUUAAUCUGCGUUUUAGUAGUGAUCCAGAUUCCAGACUUCAGAUUCCGGUACAACAGGAUUGAGGAUAGUGAUAACAGCAGCCUUGUAGAUGCGGAUCUUGGUUGGUAUUUUUAUAGUUUUGUUGUUCCAUGUCUUCCAGAAAUUUGCGAGAAAGUAAGUUAAUCGACUGAAAAAAAAUGUUUCAAGUUUCAGUAUAGGGAAGUGGGUUUAAGUUUUCUAAAACCCUUGUUUUCAUCCAUAAAGAUAUUUGCUAUUGAAGUUAGUGCUUUUUUGAAGAAUCUAUAUACUUAUCAUCUUAAUAAUCUCAAGAAAUCCGUGUGUGUGUGAGUGUGUGAGUGUGUGAGUGUGUGUGUGUGUGUGUGUGUGUGUGUGUGUGUGUGUGUGUGUGUGUGUGUGUGUGUGUGUGUGUGUGUGUGUGUGUGUGUGUGUGUGUGUGUGUGUGUGUGUGUGUGUGUGUGUGUGUGUGUGUGUGUGUGUGUGUGUGUGUGUGUGUGUGUGUGUGUGUGUGUGUGUGUGUGUGUGUGUGUGUGUGUGUGUGUGUGUGUGGCUUUCUUUUGGAUGAAAAGUUGGCAGUAAGAAACCGGAAUGGUAUAGUUUUGUACAACGACCAAUCAUAUGGUUACCAUGGUUACCAGUUUUGAUUUCAAUUACUCUUAUUUUGUUACUUUUUUAUACUUUUCAGACUCACUGAGUCAAACUGCCAUAGGGCAACUUAUCAAGAGUUUAUGACUGCCGAGUGCUGAUAAAGAUUUCAAAUUAAAUUACUCACGCUAGAUACAAGACAAUCAAAAUAUGAUUUACUCAUGAUUUGUGAGUAUCAUCCAUGGUCAGCGAGUAUUGAUAUCCACAUCAGACGUUAGCUUCUUUCAUCUCUUUGUUUGAGUUAGAGUAAUUGAAUUACGAUUCCGACUAUACUGAUUACUGUUCACCGUACAAAUAAAAAUAUUUCACGGUCUCUUCUGCAAGCAUUCCACUCUCUCCGCGGAACACAGCAGGAAUGUGCCUGUGUGAUUAGUCCUUUAGUCGUGAGAGCGUAUGACUAUUGUACCACGUACGCACUGUAUAUAGUUUCCUUCAACACGGGAGAUGCUAGUUUUUUACACAACUUUCAUAAUCAUAGACACUGAUCUACAGAUAUUUUGACAUUUUUUACUGCUUAUAACGACGGCCUUUCUUGCUCAUUGUAUGAAAAAUUAGUUUACAAAUUAUCUGUUAAAAUUUUAAAAACGCCAAAACAAAGAUGACAAAAUUUAUAUUUUUGUUGGUUUUGAAUACCUUCAUUAAACGUUGUCUGUUAAUAAUUAUGUCCGUUCAUUUGAUGUCCUGCAAAUAAGGUCCGGUAAGGUACAUUCGAUCCGCGCCCCUUUUGUGUUCGUAAAAUAGUUAAAAUAGUUAAAAACUUGCAGUGAUUGUAGCAAGAUUCUCUUAUUCAGCAUGAGUUAUUCCAGGGUCUCCUGUCGACAAACUUACAUUAUUUUAGCGCCCACGUGCUGCAACUUCACGGAGAAUCAGCUACAUUGUAUCGUUAAAGUCAUGACAGUAGAAAUUUUAAACGAAAACUUGGUCAUUGCAAAUCCUGUUUUAAACGUUGAAGACUUCGAUGAUUCUGAAAGUGAAUCUGCUCAAAGCAAACAUGGAUGGCAAAUAUACGGUUAGCAAAAUUGAAAGUAUUUACAUUACUUGCUGCAGUUUUUUAGUUAAUUAAAUAGAGUUAAAUUAUUAUUAUUUUUGCUAUUGAAUAUGACAUUUCCAAAGCGAAAUGAUUUUAAAUAAGCUGACGAUAAAUGGUAAUUUCAGACUCUAGCCUGACAUUGGAAGUUACUGUUUUUGGUGAAACUUUAGAAGGGAACGAUGAGGGCAAACCGGUGUCAUCAGAACUCAGAAGACGAGGAACGUUCGGAGGAAAUGACAACAUGCCAUCAGAUGACUAUAGUGAUCUUUGCUUGCCUUGGAAUGUACGUCGUAUUUAUGACCCGACUGUAUCCGUCCGGAUUUUAUUUAGACUUCCUUAAACAAUCUGGCUUCAGUACCAUAAUAGGCACGGUUUCCAUUUCUGCAGCUCUGAUAACUUCGCCUGCCGGCCCAUACAUCUACAACUAUCUGCCAAAAACCAUCAGAAACGCGUCCCUUUUCAAAAGAUAUUUUUGUGGGAGCCUUUUGAACCUAACCUGUUCCUCCAUGAUGGCUUUGAUUCAAGUAUUCAUUGAUAUGAACUGUGAUGCUCCUGUUAUUUUCGUGACAAUAGCAUUACUGAGGGGUAUUCAAGGGUUUGCAAUGGGCAUAAUGCAUGUGUUUGUCCAGGGCGAGGUAAUAGAUUUGUAUCUUAAGGAAGAUAAGAAGACGAUGAUCUUGAUAAGCAGUUUCAUGCAAGUUGGGGCAAUCCUCUCAGCAAUAUUGGGCACUGAGCUAUUUGUAGCUGGUGGGUGGGUAUUAGUUGGUCUUGGUAUAGCCUCCUUCAACAUCUUCCCUCUUUUAGUAUUUCCAUUCCUAAAAAACAUAGAGGUGAAAGAAAGUAAUAAACAAAAAGUUGAUUCCACCAAUAAGGAGUCCCCAGAAUUGACCGAUCGAAGUAACAGCAUCGGCCCUCAGUCUAUUCCGCUUUGGUCACAAAAAAUUGCAUUCUACUUUCCCGAUGUAGUCUUGUUCCUGAAUAAUGCGUUAAGUGAUCUUAUACGUUAUUUGCUGCCUGCAAGGAUCUUGUAUUCCACCACCAUGUCCCUUUCUUCAGCCGUACAAUUAGUGCGCAUCAUGGGAAUUGCCUCAUUGAUUUCUGCGUUAACAUUGAGCCUUUUAGCUGGUAGAAUCAAAACGCUUAAUGUCAUCACCACAAUGGCGAUAGGAAACAUAUUCUAUCACUGUGGAUCAGUAGUCGCAUUUGGAGCCACUACAAGUGAUUUCAAAUUCUUUGACUUCACCAACCAAUUGGUGAUAGGAUUGAUUCUUAUGGGUGGAGGGCAUGCGUGUUAUCUUAACCUGUAUACCCCCACCAAGUUCUACCUUUACAAAAAGUGGAGUUUGGGCAACAGUAACCUCGGAGAACAAUCUGCUAAGAUCUUCAACAUCGUUCUAAGCCUUUCUUCUGCUAUGGGGACUAUCGCAUCAGCCCUGUCGUUGAAUGAAGGGACUGAAAUCCUAACUAUAACUGCAAUUUCCGGGCUUUGUGUAUUUUUAACAUUGGGACUAUUUCUUUGUAACCUGGUUAAAUAAAUUUGGAGAACUUGUCGGGGUAAACGUUUCUUAGACACUGUUUUAAAGAAUUUGACUUUAUUUCAUCCGAUAAUCAAUCUUAAAAGAUAUAAUACACACUAGUUUUAUAUAUUUCAUUGGAUUCCAGGAUAAAUUAUUAUUUAGCAUGAUUACAACACACAUAACUCCGACAUGCGCAAGAAUUAUAUUUUCGGCUUGGUGAAUUUUUAACAUUGGGUAAAUUUCUUUGUAACAUGAUUAAAUAAGUUCGGAGAACUUUUCGUGGUAGAUGUGUCUAUUUCAUCCGAUAAUCAAUCUUAAAAAGAUAUUACACACAUUAUUUCAUUGGAUUUUAAAUCCAGGAUAAAUUAUUAUUUAGCAUGAUUACUAUUGCAUCACAAGACUUGAUUUUAGAGACUCCGAAUCUACUCGUUUUCAUUAUCAGCACACUCAAAUAAAUGAAGG